CAGGAAGUGAUGUCUUUCUCCUCCUCCAGCGCGACCAGCGAUCUGCCAGCGACACGCCCAGCUCAAGAAAGCACCUUUUUUACGUUCUGGAAUCAUUUACGAUAUGUCGUCAUUAAGUGUGAAAUCGGAUAAGGAGAUCACCCAGCUGCUGGAUGAAUAUGGCAUUAAACAUGGACCCAUAGUAGAAUCCACAAGGAAGCUCUAUGAAAAGAAACUGAAUGAGGCCAUGGCCAAAAAAACCAAGCCUUCCUCACCUGACAAAACUUACUACAGAGAAGAACAGGAAGAAGUGGAAUAUGUUACCUAUCAUCAGCCCCAACAACAAACAAGACACGAAGUAUAUGGGGACGUCACAAGGAGGUCAAAGGCCAGCGAUUCAGAUUUUGCCCACGAUGUGGGGUCAAAGUUGUCAGCUUACAGAGAUGAUGUUGACUAUACCAACGAGCCUGUCAUCCGCCAGUCUCACUCAGCCUAUCAGAGCUCUUCUCGUCCGUCAGGUUCUAAACCCAUACAGCAUGCAGUGAGUGCAGCGAGCAGCAGAUCUGCAGGUGUGCCGGCAUGGCUGCGCAUCCUGGUGUUUCUCAUCAUCGCUGCCUUUCUGUAUUAUGUGUACACAUCUAUGGAGCCCGCAGAAGAGACGCCCUUCAAAACCAUACAGUAGAUCACAUUAAUAAUCAUCAGCCCCAAACCAAACUCACUUAUUUAAACAUCCACCAAAAAUAGAGCUUGAUGUAAAAGCAAGCAAUGUUCUCUGAUAGUUGUUCUACCAGCAGGAAUUGGUGUAAUAUGUUAGUCAAAUAUUUGUCUUGCACAUUUUUUUUUUUUAUAAAGAAACAGAAACAAGUGAAAGCUGUAUUUUUUUUUUAUUUUUAUGAUGACUGGGGCAUUUACGCAUUUUAGAGCUUAUUUUCUUUCAAACUGAAUGUUAACAUCUUUAUGCUGUGGCCGUAUGUUUGAGGCUAAUGUUCUUGGGAUAUUCUGUAAAGCUUUAUUUGGUAUGCUACAUCUGUUUGCUUUUUUUUUUCUUGGUUUAAACCGUUUUUUCCUAUGAUUUUUAAGGUGCUGAAUUCUUCUGAAGCUGAGCAGAUUUAAUACACACAUUGUGCUAUUGUAUAUGUACAUUAAAAUGCACAUGUAGAGGGAGGCACAAGCACGCACACACUACAUUUACAUUAGUAGUAACACCAUGAGUGCCUUUGUUACGAUUGUUAUUAAAGUAUAAAAUAUAUAUUGUAUAAAUUGGUCAUUUUUGUUUAAAGUAUUAUCCUCUUACUAGACAAUAUUGAUAACACUAUUAGAAUGCAUUGCUAAUUUUUUGCUUUAUGAUUUAUUUUAAUAUAGUUUCCUGAAAAGUAGCUAAGCUACUGAUAUACAAAUAUUGAGUUUUGAUUAGAUACUUAUGUUCCAUUGUGUGAAUUAUGGAAAGUAAAUGAACAGAAAAUGUUUAAACAUGUCAAAUUAGAAAAUGACAUUUAACAAUAUAAACAAACCACUUGUAAAAUAUCUGCUUACCUUGGCUGGCAGUUGUGUUUUCCUGUAUGCAUCAGCUUUAAAUGCUUUUUGAACAAAAUAAAGUUGUUUUAAGAAA